CUUGCUGCAGUGUGGACCUGUGAGAAGUUUUCCAGGUACCUCUAUGGACUAGACUCCUUUACUCUACAGAGUGAUCACAAGCCACUUAUUCCCUUGAUCAACUGUAAAGAUAUCGACUCAGUGUCUAUCAGGUGUCAGAGACUUUUACUGCGUAUGAUGCGUUACAACCCUACAGCGGUGUAUGUGCCGGGGAAACAACUUAUCGUAGCAGAUACACUGUCUAGACAUCCCCAGGCUACUGUCACACAGGAAAUCGCGGAGCUGACCAGUGAAAUCGAAGCCUAUGAGAAAGCAAUCCACGAGUCAUGGCCCAUUUCACCCACCAAGCUCGACAUGGUCAAACAACAGACCCUACAGGACGCAGAACUGCAGAUGGUUCAACACUGCGUGAUGUCGGGAUGGCCCAAAUAUGCUGUUAAAGUGCCUAACAAGGUAAAAGACUACUACACUUCCAGACAUCACCUCACGGUUUCAGAAGGACUGGUGUUGUAUAAUGAUAGAAUAGUAGUACCACGGAUGAUGAGGUCUGAGAUAUUACAGCGCAUACAUGAUGGACAUCAAGGCAUAGUGAAGUGCCGGGAGCGGGCUAGGUGUAGUGUGUGGUGGCCUGGAGUAAGCAAGCACAUCCAGGACGCUGUCAGCACAUGUAAGGACUGUCAGGAGUCCAAGCCGACCCAGAAAAGAGAACCUCUGAUCACUACCCCGCUACCCAGUCGCCCAUGGGAAAGAGUAGCAGCCGACAUAUGUGAGCUGAACAAACAGAACUUCUUGGUAGUUGUAGACUAUUUUUCACGAUAUAUAGAAAUAGCCUACCUCAACGACAUGUCAGGUGAAACCACGAGAGCUAAGCUGAAGAACAUCUUUGCUAGAUGGGGGUGCCCAAAUGAACUUGUCACAGACAAUGGCCCCCAAUUGUCAGGCAGAGCUUUCGUGCAGUUCUCUAAGGAGUAUGAUUUCAGACAUAUCACCUCCAGUCCUCACUACCCUCAAGCAAAUGGUGAGGCAGAGAGAGCUGUGCAGACAGCCAAGCAGAUCCUGAAACAAACUGACCCUUUCUUAGCCCUCUUGGUCUACAGAGCGACCCCGCUUCAAGCCACAGGCGUGAGCCCAGCUCAGCUCAUGCUUGGCAGACAAAUCCGUACUACAGUUCCUACACUGGAGGCAAAUCUACAACCUGGAUGGCCAGACCUCCACAAAGUGAGACAGAACGAUGAGAGGAUGAAACAGAGCUACAGGCGAGCCUACAAUGACAAGAAUAACGUCAGAACUCUACUGAUGAGAGAGGCUGGACAAAGUCUGCUUCGGUCAUUAAGCAAAGUGACACACCGAGGUCAUACCUAGUCCAGACGGAUAAAGGAGUACUGCGCAGGAACCGUCGCCAUCUGAGACCUCUCCAAAGCCCUACAGAGACUUUCAGGAGGGAGGGGACGGAUGUAUAGUGAACAAUGGAGAGUGAAGUUCACCUGGUUCUGAUGCAGACACACCUCCUGUUACAUCUCAAGAUACUAUGACACAGACUGCAACACGCACAACCUCCAGCGGCAGAAUUGUAAAACCACCAGACCGAUACGGAGAGUAUGUUAAGUAGUUAGGACAUAGUCUGCAUCAAGUGGCAGAAUAAUCCACUGCAGCUAUGUUGGUGGCUGGUAGUCCACCCAGAUCACAAUAGUUCAGGAUUGGUUUAUGUUAAAUGACUGUUUCAUUAAUACAAAAUAAAACUGUUAA